AUGAGGUAUUUGACUUGUCCUAGUGCUUGUAGAAAUGGUCCGAACAGAUUGAGACCCCAUUUUGCAAAUGGCCAUGGCGAGGGGAAGAAGUCUUAUGUGUUUGAUGUUGGAAAGGAUAUUGGUCAAAGGACUUGGACUAAAUCUUGUGAUGCUGAGGUUACGGUGGUAGUGAAGCAUGAUCGGAUCAAAAGUGGUGACUUGAUCAAUGAGUUUGGUGCAGCUAUGAGUGAAGGGUUUGUUCUUGAUUGGAACAGAGCUGUGGAUUGUGCUGAGUGCAAGCUUUCUGAUGGGUGCUACAGCAGCUGCAAUAAUUGCAGGAUUGUUGAGUAUUUGUUACUUUAUAUACAAGAUACCAAGAUGACAAGAAAGAUACAGCUUUCUGACAAAAGAUAUAAAUUCUUUGAUGUGAAGAAAAUGACCAACUCCUUCAAAGUUAAACUAGGACAAGGUGGUUUUGGUGUUGUAUACAAGGGAAAGUUAUUCAAUGGUUUUAAUGUGGCCGUCAAAAUGUUGAAUCCAUCCAAAGAAAAGAGUAAAGAGUUUAUCAAUGAGGUAGAUAGCAUUAGUAGAACUUCUCAUGUUAAUGUUGUCACCCUUUUUGGAUUCUGCUUUGAAGGCCGCAAGAAAGUUCUUAUUUAUGAAAUUAUAUCAAAUGUUCCCUUGACAAGUUUAUUUACAGAAAUAAAGAAGUUGAAACUACUACAUUGUUGA